CCCGCCAUCUCUCUCCCACACGCCGUCUCUUCCCCCCACUCCCCCACCCAAAAACAAACCCUAAAUAGAGUUCACGCGAUUCUCUAAAUCCAGAAACUUUUUUUUUUUUUGGCUAAGGUGAAAUUGAAGAUGGUAUCGCUGACCUGGAAGCACCACACGCUAAUUCAAGCUUUGAUUUCGCGAGGCCCUCUCAAGGAGAAAGAGUUUGAAUCCAUCUUCACCGCCGUCACCGGCAGAAACCCAGGAGGUGCUAAGAAGAUAUUUGAUAAGUACCUUCUUGAGAUAAACAAAGAGCUCUCUUAUGUACACUUUGAGUUGAGGGCUUGUAGAGAUCAGUAUGAUGGUCAAGUUUGUUACGGAGUUGUUAACACUGUCUCUGAUGAUCAAUCCAAACUCGGCACUAACUACUCUGUUCCGCAGAUCGCUUUCUUUAAAGGCAUUAUAGAAGCUAUUGCACAGGAUGAAGCUGCUCAAGGUUGCAUAUCUAGCUUUGAUGCCCUCAAUAUCCGAUUGGAGAAUCAGUUACCAAGUGAAGCCAGCAGCAGUCAACAGCAGCAAGUCCCACCUGCAUUCAAGAACUUUUCAAUGUCGCAAAAGGACAAAACUCUCGAUGAGCUUGUAAGGGACAAAUGGCUUUGCCGCACAAGAGAGGGUAACAUCGGACUUGGAAUAAGAUCUCUUCUUGACCUGCGCAGCUGGUUCAGAAACAAUGAUGUUCCCUCUUGCGAGGUUUGCAAUGAAGCUGGAGUUAAGGCGGAUUUGUGUCCAAAUGAAGGUUGUACGGUCCGUAUACACAAGUACUGCCUUCAAAACUUGUUAUCUCAAAGGGACGAUAAAGUUUGUUCUGGCUGCGGGAAGCCAUGGCCUUUGGGUAAAAUUACAAAAGAGGAAGCUGUUGAAGCAGCAGUGGAUGAUGAUGAGGGGGAGGAGGAAAACGAGACUCAAGCCACAGCUUUAAGGUCCAAGAAAAGAAAACAAAGGAGCCAAAGAGACUCAGCUGAAAACGUUUCUUCUCAAGCUUCUUUUGCCUCGAGUAGUGGUAACACUAGGAGAAGAGUAACUCGUAGCGCUGCACACUUGAGUUAGAAAAAAUAACGUUUCGGAACUCUGGGUUUUAGGGCUUAGAUGUGUAUUUUGAUGCCUGUUUCUAUGUCCAAACAUCACUUGAGAGAUCAAAACUCUGGUUUUAGUGAUUAGUUUUAUAUA